AUGUUCAUUAGCGUACCGUCUCUCAUUGACCCGGUUUCCUCCAGCAAUGAGUGGCCAGUUCUAGCUAAGCCGUUGGAUGCCGUUGGUGAUUUCAUCUUAGAUACUCAUUUCAUGGGCAUUACACCCCUGAAUGAUUAUGAGCCUUCGAAACAUACGUUUGAUUGUAUCGCAAUUUCUGGCUUAGCUAGCCACCCUUUCGGGUCCUGGCAACCAAAAGAAGGUAACAAGACGUUCAUGUGGAUCCGCGAUGAGCUGCCAGAUGCUUUACCAGGCGCUAGAGCUCUCAUUUACGGUUAUGACACGAAACUGCACGACAGUCAAUCAUUUCAACUUAUCCCGGACCUUGCAAUAGCGUUCGUCAAUCAACUUGAGACCCUUGGUGGACUUGUCCUUAAGGAGGCUUUAGUUCGACUCGCUUCGAAUAACGCAUACAAGAGACUUCUUAGCAACAUCAAAGGCGCGGUCUUCUUCGGCGUUCCCAGCCUAGGGAUGGAACAACAGCAUUUCCAUACGGUUGUUGGCAAUAAUCCUAACCAGAACCUAGUCGACGACCUUGCUCGCGGGUCUAACUAUCUCAAUCAGCUCCACAAGCAUUUCGAGGAUAGCUACAUCACGGAUACAAUACAGUGCUUUUGGGCGUAUGAGACGUUACAGUCCCCCACAAUCCGAUCGAAUCCGUCUGUCACAUUCCCAAUAAAUUCAACGCACUCCGACAUGGUGAAAUUCACUCGAGGAUCGCCUCUCUCCGACGUUGUCAUCUCGAAACUGUCGAGCAUCCUCUCAUCCCCUAAGGAUGAAGGCUGUGUCUAUGGCCGCUCAACGGGUUGUGAUCAACUUCCAAGGAUUGCGUCCACGCCACCAACACCGGCAUAUCAGGAUACCAUCAGGGACACAUUCAAGGGCAUCACGGAAAUUGAGGAAGCCGAUUUCAAGACGAUGAGCCUUGACGAACUCCAUAAAUUUCUCCGGAGUAUGCAAGGGGAGCAGGAGCAGAGCAACGAAGGCUUGCAAAACAUGAACAGACUGGACUCUUUUCUGACCUCCGUAACGCAGUAUACUAUGGUCACUGGGGACUUCUUAGUAUUCUCGGACUUUGAGUAUUUCAUCUGGGGCCCGGUAAAAUACGUUCUUAGACCUCAGCGCUGCCAGACGCAUACAACUCAAUUCUAG